AUGAUUACAGCUAUGGGACCAUAUAAAAGGUGGUCAGAAGGGAAGUUUCAGGCAGCGAAGACUCUUUCUCCCGAUCCAAAAGUCAUCCGUGGGGCUUUCCCUCAGAGAAGUGAGCUUCUGGAGAAAUUCAAAGCGGAUGUGAUUCUGGAUCCUGACACCGCGAACCCUUGGCUCAUCGUGUCUGCGGAUGGGAAAUCUGUGAGAUCGGGAGAGAAACCACAAGACGACUUGCCUGAGAAUCCCAACAGAUCUGAUCUUGCUCCCUGUGUAGUGGGUUCCCAGGGGUUCACCUCAGGGCGACAUUAUUGGGAGGUGGAGUUUGGGGAUCAGAGGGAGUGGGCCAUGGGGGUCGCCAGAGAGUCCGUGAAGAGGAAGGAAUGGCUCACUCUUAGCCCCAAGGAUGGUAUCUGGUCUCAGGGGCGCUGGCGGCUUCGGAGGGAGGCAUUCGGCUCCUCUGAGACCCCCCAACCCCAUAGUGGAAGGCCUGGGAAGAUCGGGGUUUGUCUGGGUUAUGAAGGGGCUUGGGUGGCAUUUUAUGAAGAUGACCAUACAACUAUGAUGUUGGGCUCCUUCAAUGGGGAAAAAUUUUUCCCCUUCUUCUGCUUGGGCAGAGGGGUCCACCUCACACUGAUCCCUUGA